UCCAGCAUGUCUCCAGAUUGUUCAGAGUAGUAUUUAGUCACAUUUGGAAGUCCAGCAGCAGUCUUUACCCUCCACCCAGCAUUCAGCAUGGAUCAAAACACUUUAAAACAGUUGGUGAAGCUCACUCAGGAGGGACAGUAUGGCUCUCUGGAGGAGCAGAUUACAUCAGGUGGCUCAGCGGUGGUGGAGACUGUCCGCUGUAAACACUUCGGCCGGUCCGGAGACACCUUACUACACUAUGCAGCCAGACACGGACACCUGGACAUUGUGGAGUAUCUGGUAAGGCGGGUAGGCAUGGAUGUGGAGGUGUACAACAACGACUACAAGAGGCCAUUGCAUGAAGCUGCGUCCAUGAGCCAUCAGAGCUGUGUGAGCUACUUGCUGCAGGAAGGAGCCAAAGUGGACAGUUUGAAGAAGGCUGACUGGACUCCUCUGAUGAUGGCCUGCACUCGGAGGAACCUCGACGUGAUCCAGGAGCUGCUGUCCCAUGGCGCCGACCCGGGGCUGAGAAACAAGGACGGCUGGAACUCCUUCCACAUCGCCUGCAGAGAGGGUGAUCCUGUGGUCAUACAGCACCUGCUUCUCAAUGUGGCUGAAGUCUGGAGGACGGAGAGCACAACGCGCAGGACGCCACUGCACACUGCAGCGAUGCAUGGCUGUGAAGAGGUUGUAAAGAUCUUGCUGGAGAGAUGUGGCUACACCCCAGACACCCGGGACAGCUGUGGAGUCACUCCUUUCAUGGACGCCGUGAGGAACGGACACGUCUCAGUGGCCAGGCUGCUUUUAGAGAAGCACAAGGCUUCUCCAACAGCAGCUGACGUACUCGGGGUUCAGCCGGUGCACCAGGUCGCUGUCACGAGCCAGGACGAGGCGCUGCGGUUCCUGGUGAAGGAGCUCAACAUAGAUGUGAACCAGAGAGCGACUGCCAUCCAGCUCACUGCCCUGCAUUACGCUGCCAAGGAAGGCCACACAUCCACUAUAAAAACACUGCUGGAGUUGGGUGCAGAUCUUCAUGUUCGGGACAAAAAGGGAAGAAGUGCUCUUCACAUGGCUUGCAUCGGGCAGCAUGCAGACGCAGCCAGGACACUCCUACAGCUCGGACUCAAAGACUCAGAAGACACAUCUGGAGUAACAGCACGCCAGCAUGCCAAGAGACCAGACGUAGUGAGAGUGUUUGAGUGUAGCUCACCAGAUAGGAACAGUUAGUAUUCCACAGUGAUACAAAAUAGGUUAUGUAUUAUUUAUUAAAUAGAAGUACGAAGAAUAAUCUGAAA